AUAUUCCAAUAAAUUCAAGAAUCAAAAGAAUAAUUUAUCUAUAAAUAUACAAAUAAACAUAGCAACAAUUCUAGCAUUAAUAUUUUUAAGUAGUUAUGAUGAAGAUAUUGAUAUUUUUAUUAAUCAAUUAUCAGAAUAUUUAACUAGUAUAGAUGUGAAUCCAAUAGAUAUAGCAAGAGAUAGAGCUUUUGUAAAAGAUGAGAACUCUAUAAUAUUAUUUUUUAAAAAUCCCUCUAUUGUUCAUACCUAUGCUAAUGUUUCUGUUAAUAAUGCUGUAACUGUAAGUAAUUUAAUAAUUUCAGUAAAAGCUUUUACUGAAGAUUGGCAUUUAGCUGAAAGGCAUCCAUCAGAUAGAUUUGUUAAUGCUGUUAAUAUAAGUAAUAAUAAUCUCAUAGUAUUUAAUGAUAUUCAAAUUGGUCAAGUAUUAUAUUAG